AUGCAAUAAGAAUGAAUAAAAACGCUUACAAAAGAAACGACAGUUUUUGUAUUGCUUUAUAUACCAGAUCAUUGUUAUCGAUAAACACACACAAAUUUGUAGUUAUCGUUUGUUGUUUAGCUCAUGCAACUGUCGUGGCAAGCGAUUUUGCUUUUAUUAAUUUUCUUCUAGGACUUGUAUUUUUUUCCUUUAAAUGGUUUUUGUUAAAUAACCGUGGAAUAAUGGAACGUACAAAACGUGAUUUAGAAUCAGUUAUUAGCUCUCAAAAUGAGCAAUUGACACGUUAUGAAAAGCGACUCAAAGAUGUUGUGACUGCUUAUAAGGGAUUGCUUAAGGAAAAGGAAGCUCUAGAGACCAGUUUAUCUGCUUUGACGGCAACCAAGGCAGAUGUCACUGGCGAAGACGACAACGAACCCUCUUCGGAAGCUGCUCAUACAAGGGAUAAAAAUGAAAAAGUUAUUAAUAACGAAGACGUAAUGCUACCUGGUAUUGAUGACAAAGCCAAUCUCCAGACGCAAAUUCAUACGCUUAUGAAUUCUUUGGCCACCCUGUCGGCUGAAAAGUCGCGUAUGGAAGCUUCAUUUCAAAAUGAUAAAAAACAAUUACGCGUUUUACUAACGCAAAAAGAUCAGACGAUCAAUGAUUUGCAAAAGAAAAUUAAGGAAAAUCAAGAUAAUGCAAAAAAUGAUAUAGAAGAUGUAAAAGCUAAAUGGAUUAUUGAACGUCAAGAACGUGAAAAAGAAACAAAUAAUCAAAUUUUAAUGAUUCGCGAAUUGCAAAAACUUUACGCUGACGAACGCCAUCUUAAGGAAAACAUUGAAAUGCAACUGAAUAACUUUAAAACCCAGUUUGCUAGUAAUGAGGCCGAAAAUUAUCGUUUAAGGGAUUUGCAAGCGCAACUGAAGGAUGCCAACGCUCAGCUUAAACAAUUUCAAACCAAUAGUAAACAUCUAAAUAUUGAACAAAGUGAGGAAAGCUCUAAUCUCUUGAAACAAGUGCAACAAGAGAUGCGUUUACUUAAGGAACAACAUGCUGUGGCAAUUAAAAACGAGCAAAAACGAGCGCAGCUUGCCGAAGAGCAAUCUCGAAAUCAAGCUGCUCUGCAUGAAGAUCGCGUCGCCAAUCUGGAAGCAAGACUAGCUGAGCUAAGCACCACAGUGGGCACUUACGACCGUUUAAGACAGCAAGAUCAAGAAUCCAUCCACGUGUUAAAAAGGCAAUUGCAAGAUUUGGAACGCUCUACGCUUACUACGGAAAUCAACAAUGACCAAUCCUUCAGUUACAAUCAUUCCGAAAAAGAACGGAUCUUAAAUAAGCUCGCCACAAAUAGUGGCGAUGAUUUGUCUGAAAUCGUGGAUGAAAUCAUGCGCCUUAAAAAAAUAUUGUUAACUGGAAAUUCAUGUUCCUCCAAUCCCAUCGAUUUAAAUAAAAUAUUUUCUGUUGCCACUGAUCAUACAGAGUGCCAAGACGAACUUAAUCGAGUAACAUUUCAAUUAGAAGCAGCUCAUACUGAACUUAAGGCAUUGCAAGAGAAAUUAACACAACAAAAAACGCAUAUAGCAACACUCCAGGACAAAGUUCAAGUUUUGAAUACAAAUAUAGAGGACCAAGAAUUGGAAUUAAAACAGCACAAUGAAAAGCUUCGGUUAGCUGUUAAAGACGAGCGAACUAAAUGGAAAGAAAGGCAGAAUGAUUUAGAAAAUGAAUACCGUGGCAAACUGAAUGAUUUGGAACAACAGUUACAUAAACAACGCUCGCGCUCGUUGCGAUUACUCGACGAAAAAGAACAAGAAAUCAAGACGUUGCAAACAUCAUUUGAAAUAUUCCAUAGCAAUAAUCAUCAUAAUAUUAGUGCAAUUAGUGAAACAAAUAAUGCUGUUUCUUCGGAUGCCGAAAGCGAUGACGAAGCUCAUCAUCUUGCUUUCCCUCAAAAAAAACUUUCAGUAAAGCCUAAAAAACUUGCGGUCAGUGAUAGUUGUCACAUGUUGCAUUAUGCCAAUGAAAUAGCGCGUAAGGAUAUCGAAAUUACAAAUCUUAGGAAAUCCAGAUAUGUUGCCGAAGCUUCCAUGCGUAAAGCUAUACAAGAAAAGGUUGCUGCUCAGGAGGAAUUACUUACUAAAAUAUCGGCAUUAGAAGAACACGUCGAUAGACUGGAACGUUGCAAGACACGAGAAGGCGCUAAUUUAGAGUAUUUGAAAAAUGUUAUUAUUAGCUACAUAGUAUCCAAGGAUCCUGAUGGACGGCGUCAUAUGAUGAACGCCAUCAGUGCUGUACUUCAAUUCACGCCAGCUGAAACUCAAGCUAUUAAUUCUGCUCUCCAUAAGAAGUGAAAGUUGUGUCAAUUAUGUUUUGUACAUAUAUAUUU